AUGGCAUCUCCCUCCCACAAACCCGAGCAUUCCACUACCUCCACCUCUACCUCUACAGCAACCGCACCGCGCGCUCUCGCGCUCGCACAUAUCCCUAAGCGUCUUAUUCUAUCAUAUGUCAUCGAUUGGAUACUUAUCAUAGCCAUCGGCCUCACCGGCUACGGGUUCUCACACAUCACGCCCAGCGACCGCCCGUUCUCCCUCUCGGACGCGAGCAUCUCCUUCCCCCACAAAGACAACGAGACCGUCUCGACCGCCGUCUUAGCGAUCGUGUCCCUGCUCGCGCCCGCAGCGAUAAUCCUCCUCGUGACGGUGACGGUCAUUCCCUCCAGCUCAGGGAGCACGCGGGCACGACGAUGGAGAUAUAAGCUUUGGGAGUGGAAUGUGGGAUGGCUGGGGCUGGGGAUCUCGUUCGCGGGAGCGUAUAUGGCGACGGAGGGUCUGAAGGAUUUGUAUGGGAAGCCGAGGCCGGAUUUGCUGGCGCGGUGUAGGCCCGAUGUUGCCCAUGUGGGGGCUUAUGCGGUCGGUGGGUUGGGGACGAGGCUUGCGGGCGCGGCGACUAUGGUGACGUGGGGGAUUUUUUCGUUCGCCGGGUUGGGUUAUCUCUCGCUUUGGCUGUGCGCUAAGUUCGCCAUCGGUUUCCCGUACCUGGACCCGUACCGCGGUUAUGGGCCGGAUGGGCGGCGCAGUGCGAUUCCAUCCCAGGGAGCGGCGCCGCCGGUUCAUAUGCUCAUCGUUGCCCUUGUACCUGUCGCGGUGGCUUCCUUUAUCUCCGCAUCACGUUGGUUUGACUACCGCCACCACGGGUUUGAUAUCAUAUUCGGGUCCGUUCUGGGGAUGUUCUUUGCCUGGAUUGGCUUCCGAAUGUUUCAACUUCCUGUCAUGCGUGGUGGUGCAGGCUGGUCGUGGGGAGCAAGGAGUCGUAAACAUGCUUUCUUCCGGGGGAUCGGACUGCCGAGUCAUCUCGUUGCCGAUACCUGGGGGACUUCCGGAGAUAGCCCCGAGGCGAUGGAGAAAAGAGCACGCGAUAUUGAUCUCGAAAGUGCUCGACAGGGCCCGGACGAAUGA